GGGAAAUUGAACUUAAUAAGUUACAUAUUUACUUGAACUAUCACUAUUCGUAUUUGAGUUAGGUGCUCAAAAAAUUAUGUAUAUGUUCUGGUCUGAUGAAAUCAUUUGUUAUUUGAAAACGGUAUAAAACAUCGAGCUAUCCAGCCUAACUACCAUACAUCACCAACACAUCUAGCAAGGAAUAGUUUGGAAUCGAUCCAAAGUGUAACCAACCGUGACAUAACAAUGAAGAUCUUCAUCGCCCUGUUUGUCGCCACCUUGGCCGUUGCCGCCCAGGCAGGAUAUGUCCAAAGCAGUUGGCCAGCUACCACCUACGGACUUAACUCGUGGAACGGUCUGAAUGCCUGGAAUGGCCUCAACUCCUGGGACGGUCUAAGCUCGUGGAACAACUGGAACGAUCACGGAAUCUCUGCCUACCCGUACGGAUACAACAAGUGGUCCUCGGCAGCUUGGCCAGCGGCUUCCCUGUACAACGGAUACAACGGAUGGUACGGAGCCACCGGUAAGACCGUUGUCCAGGCCAACGUUGCCAAGGUCAACCCGUGGGGACUUCCGCUGACCUCGUACGGCUACGGAUACAACAACUACCUGGGAGCGGUUCCAGCGGCCAAGUACGUCGCCGCCAACCCCGGAUCGGUCCAUGUUGCUCCGUUGGUUGGACACGCCGUCAACCAGAAGCUGAUCGUCGCUGGACAUGGAUAUUAAUUUUGAAUAAAGAUUGACUGUGAACAUUAAAA